AUGGGGAUUGAUGACCGACGAUGUCGUCGGGUGUUGGAUGAUUCCUCUGGUUCUUACCAAACUCUGGCGCCUGGCCUUGAGGCUCAGGCGGAGCAAUAUGCCAGAAUCUCCUAUAGGAACUGCGUUGGUGAAGAGCAAAGCUUCGAUGAAACAUAUGGAAAGCUCUCGAUGCGACCUGAUGGCUUACUUGCCACCGCCAAAUGA